GACAAAGUUUUGAGGAUCCCUCGUCAGGCUUUCAUGCCACCUCUUGCUUCAACACUCCCUAUCUCAGAGAGAAUGUAAGGUGUGUCGUACAAUCCUUGAGGUCGAUAUGGAAGCAUUUGUUCAACCAUAUCUUGCUUUCUUCAAAUUAAUCUGAGGCCUCAAGUCCUUUCCCUCCAGUGCGCUUCAAGCUCGAGUCGAUCUUCGUCAUGGAAUUCAAUCGAUCCAGUCGCUUCACCGGUCUGCUCCAGUCCGUCAAAAAAAAUCUGCCUCUCUACUCGUCCUGGGCACAAUCUUCGUCAGAUCUUAUUGCAGCCCAUAAUCAGGCGCAUCUUUUGGCAUGGGACUUAGAGUUUCACGAACGCGAUAUUGGCUCCAGUCAGCUUGAUGGUGGGGACACAGGACCUGAAUCUUGGCUGGAAGUUGCCAUCAGCUCAGCAGAGAUGGGAAGAAUACAUGAGUUGAAUACUCAUCAAGUGGCUGAACUCCUUCAACCGUAUCUCGAUAAAAUAGAAAGUGGUGACACUAGCACACCUGACGCUUCGUUGCCAUUUGGAACAAACAGUCGACCAAGCCUCUUAGAACAGGACCACGUUGAUAAAUGUUUAGCGGAGGCUUCAAAACAUCUUUUCAAAGCCCUUACAAUUUUAUCGUCCUGUUGCGAUGGUCAGCACAUUGCUAGAAUUCAACUUUCCGAUUUCCUUGCCGCCAAAGCUAGCCAGGAUGAUCGAUCGUUUGGUCUUUUUCUCUCCUCAGAUAACGACAUUACGAAGUGCGUUUGGCGCGAAAUGACAUGCGGGGUAACAAGAGGGCAGAGUAGCGGUGUUUUGCCCAGUCAAGACACUCUCGAUUUGUGUAGACUGUUGCCUGAGUCCGAAGAGCUUGGCAGGCCCUUGGGCCUAAGUCUAGAUAUACGUUCCGGUUCUUUUCUUAUCCUUCCUUAUGGUUUACUCAGCACUGAGCGUGAGCUGGAUAGUCCUCGAGUUUGCCUAGGGAAAUUGCUAGAUAAUCGUGCUCUAGCAGGAUGCCCCCCAGGUGGCCAUUACACAUCAGCCGACAAGGCUACAUUAUGUCUCAAUCUGGCUCUCGGUAUGCUGCACCUUUCAGCAGAAGCUUGGCUACAAACACCCUGGAACGUUGACAACAUUUACUUUACGAUGAAUGGUCUUCCAGCAAGCAGAGACCCCGAUAUCACCCUGCCCUUUCUUUCUCGAACGAUCGAGAGAGCCUACUCAACCUCGACGCGUGGUAGUGAAUCCUUGCCUGAGGCAAGGUCGCCUGUUCUUGCCUUUGCACAGGUCAUAGCGGAAAUUUGUCUAGGAAAGCGAUUGCCUCCAAAAAGCCACGCGAAUGACUCCAACUUACGAAAGACCCUGGACGACUUUACUCAAGCUCCCGACACCCGGAAAACACAACAUUUGGAUGUGCUUGGGGCAAUUUCCGCCUGCAUUAGCUUCUACGUUAAUCAAAGAUCAAAUAGAAGGAGAAACAACAUCCCAAGCCAAAAUCCGGAUGCAAAAUGGAUCUUUUACUACGUUGUGCGGAGACUAGAGAAGGCACUAGCUUGCUUCUCUCCCAGCAUAGAUAACCGCAGGUGCUUCGAGCUGGAAUACUACAAAAUAGAAACAGUCUCCGAGGCAAAAGCACGCUCUGAGGCAUCUCCAACAACUUCUAGACAACCAAAUGGGAUAACCAUGAAUAACAGAUCCCUCCAUACCACUGAGAAAGUUUGGUUUGAUAAAGUCAGAGAUUUGAAUGACGUGUUUGAUUCCGCCGCCGAAUUUGGGAGGUAUCCCAAAGUAAAGAUCGCCGUCCUAGAUACCGGAAUCGACCCAGAAUACCAAAACGUGGAUGGAAUCAAAGAUUACAUCGAUUUCGUUGACCUUGAAAGCCAAUUCAAGAUUGAUACGACAGGACAUGGCACGUCUGUCGUUGAUUUGAUUUACCGGGUUUAUGCACAUGCAGAAAUCUACGUGGCUCGAGUUUUUGAGUCGACCAAUGCGACCUCAAGGACACCCCAUCGCGUCAACAAAGCCAUAGAUUGGGCUAUAGGCCAUGGCGUAGAUAUCAUAUGUAUGGCUUUUGGAUUUGAAGCCGGCACUGACACAGUUGAGACUCUGCUCAGACAUGUCAAGAGUGCAGUUUCGGACCGAAUACUGCUCUUCGCUGCAGCCUCUAACGGUAGCUAUACGAGCGAAGUUAUGCUACCAGCUCGCCUAGAUGAUAAUGUCUUUUGUGUGUUCUCAACAGAUGCAGGUGGGAGAAAUUCUCGACUUAUAAAUCCCCCUGCUCUUGAUGCGCUUUACAACUUCGCUAUUCUUGGUGAAGAUAUUACGCUACAUAGUGGCAGCUUGGGAUCAGGUUGCUCUUACUCAACUGCUAUCGCUUGCGCAUUUGCAGCUCGCCUUCUCGACUUUUCGCGGCACGAAGAUGUUGCAAGUAAUCUUGAGUAUGCGCCGUUUCUGAAGGAAAAACGUGGCAUGGCAAUGGUCCUUUCAAGUCUUUCGGAAACAGACGACAAGUAUCAGUGUAUCCUGCCUUGGAGGCUAUUGAGAGGAGUACAGGGUAACGACGAAACUACACUCAGAAAAACCAGGGAAACAAUUCGCAGUUCCAUAUCAAAAGCCCUCGAACAGUACUACCUUAGGUAAUUAGGAGUAUACGAACUCUCACUCAGAAUCGAGAUGAGUCAAUUCCGCUGGCCAGUCGCUCCAUGUUUUCCAAUCUUGUUUUCGACGACAACGCUGAUCCGUACUUCUGAACCUUUCGCCCUACCCUAAAUCGAUGAAUAAUUGUUUCAGCCUCCAGUCUGGCUGGACGUCCACUUUGGGUCCUCCGUCCCGCUUGUAAGUGCAACCAAGUAACAAAUCUCUGGCUUGUAGAAUCAUUGACCCAUCCUUCAUUCCCGCGGAAAACUCAGUAUUAUUCAUGUAACCUGGAUAAACAGAUUUGUUGGUUGUCACUAUUUGCCCAUGCCCUCGGAUCCAGUCCUUCCAGAUGAGAAAGUGGUCUUAGGUCUAUCACAAGACGACCGAGUUCCGCUUUUGUUGUGAUGGGCGGGCUCGCAUUCGAUGAGUUUAGUUAUCCCUAUACAAAUCUGAAUGCUUCGGGAGAUUGUGGAAAGCUUUGUUAGGGAGUGGCUCCAGUAUGUGGUGUUGAAGGAGGGGACCCUUUCUAUACAACUCAUAUGUAUGAAGUACAAUCACUC